CCUCCCCUCACGCUCGACGACAUCGCGGGAGGUCUCUUCGCAUUCUCGCUCUUUCCGUACCUUGGCUUUCUGUACCAUCUUGGAAGGCCUGAGAACAAAACGCCGGAGAUGGGGUUGUUCGGGUUCAAGUUUCUCCUCGCGUUUGUUGGAGUCUCGAUUCCAGCAGCCAUCGCCGCCAAGACCAUGUACUCGGCACAGCUUGCUGACGUCGACUGGCUGCAUGGAGGGGCAGAGUCCUUCCUGACUAUCACCAACCUCCUGAUUGUUCUUGGUUUCCGCCGAGCGAUC